AUGAUUCUCAUUUUAUAUUACUUUUUUAUAACUGCAUUAGGAAUAUAAACGAUAAAUAUCAAUUAGGAUUACUUGGAAAAUGGAGAAUUAUUUGAAUUGGAAGAUUCUGAUUAUUAUGUAAUACAAGAAGUAGGAAAUGGAACUAUGUUCUUUUAAGUUAGUUCAGUUGACACUUAAAAAUAUCUUUAAAUAGAGUAAUUUUAUGUUCGAUUAAAGAUUAAUAUUUUUAGCUCCUGGAGAUGGUGAAGUCAAUUUGUCUUUUACAAUUAGUAAAAACAGUCUUCCUUCUAUGAAAGACAACAAAACUAUAUCAGCAACAUAUGCUGAUGUCAAUGGUUACUAUCUUCGCAAGAGUUAUCAAAAUAUAGUGAUACCAGCUAAUUCAUUUAGAUCAGGUGAUAAAUUUUAUAUAACUAAUUUAAAAAGAGAAGAAGAAACAACUUAUUAAUAUAAUAUUAGAAUAAAGAAGACUGAUAGUACUCCGUGUCCUAAUGAUUGCACUUCUGUUUCUUUAGGAUAUUGUAAUAUAGGUACUUGUGCAUGCGAACCAAAUAGAGUUGAUUUGGAUUGUUCAAGAAAGGCAACUCCUAUUAUGAUAGAUAAAAAAUUAGAAAACCUCACAAUAUCUGGAACAGAGUAUUUUUAUUUUGAAUAAACAAAACAAUUAGAUACAAUUUUGUUAGAUGUAGGAAUUUCGAAUAUACUUAUUUCAGAGUAUUCUUAAAUCUUUGUAUAUUUUAUGUUUGAAAACUUCAAAUAUGGGGUACCCACUCCAUAUUAUAAUAAUUAUUCUUUCUCAUUUUCUCCAGAUUCUAAAACAAAAUCCCUUAUUAUUGAUGUCUCUGGAUUAAAUUAUAAUUCAGAUUUAUAUAGGUUUUAUAUUAUAAUAACUUUAGGUUUGAUCGUCUAUUAUUAACAAUUGUAGUUCCUGAUACAUGCUAGUUUUAUUUUAAUAUCAGUGUUCCAUCCGAGGAUUCAGAAGUGAAUACAAAUUUAAUGCUUAUUUAUUUUUUGGUUUCUUUAGCUGUAGUUUUAGUGCUAACUUGGAUUAUAGUUACUUUAAUAAGAUAUAGAUAAAGAAAUAGAGUGUAAAAUGAAAUUCAAUAAAAUUAAAUAUAAUUAUCAUAAUAAAGAAGAGGUCAAAAAAAUGGCAUAAGUGUUUAAUAGCUUGAUUAUUAUAUGAAAAAGAUUUUAUGGAAAAAUUUAGAGAGACAUCCAAAGAUUUAAGAAAAGAAAAUAGAUACUAUAUAAUUUGAAUCUUGUACUGUUUGUUUAAUUGAAUAUGAUAAAGAAUCAAUUUGUAGAGUGACUCCUUGUGUUCAUGUAUUUCAUGCUGAUUGUUUGCAAGCAUGGAUGGUGGAAAAGAAACAUGAAACUUGCCCUAUGUGUCGAGAAGAAUUGAAUGAGUAAUCAUUAGAAAAAUUUGCAGAAAUAGAAAAAUCUAAUAAUUAAGAAAAUUAAGUAUUAAAAAAAGUGGAUAAAACUAUAUAAAAUGGUUUAAUUGUUAUCUAGUAGAGACCAUGA